AUGGCACCAGCACAAUAUAAGGCUCGCCGGGAUUACGCCAAAGAGCUUCACAUCGAUUUUCUUGGCUACGCCCCACCUGUGCAAUGGCCGGAUGCUCACCGCAGCCUUUUCGAAGAUAUUCAGAAACUCGGGAAUCAGAAAUAUUCGAGCUUCAGCGAAACCGUCUCUAAUGACUCAAUAGAAAAACCCUGGAGACAUCAAACAAAGCAGAGAGCAGCACGUCUGGUCCGGCGGAGUACGAUGUCUAGGAAUGAUAGGAAGAACGAGGCGGGGUGGCGUUUUUCGAUUGAACCAGAGGUCCUAUAUAGAUUUACGGUUGAAGUAACCUGUCCCAGAUGUCGCAGCAGGCUCUGGAAAUCGGAGAUAGAAGCCGCAGUGUCUUCGUCGCAGCCAUUUGCUCAGUCAUUAGAAGCUAGGCGUCGGCAUCGUGAGCCAUGUCAGUGUGUUGACCAGUGGGGUUACAACAGUGGGUACGGGGACGGGGUGAACAUGGUAUUCUCAGAUCGCGCAGAAGCAGCCAUCAAACAUGACCCACCUCUUCCUAUACAAGGCCGGAGAAGAGGCCAGGUGUCGGAAGAGCCAGAUAGAGUAUAUGGCCUGCGAGAUACAGGUAGCUUGAGAGACGUAUUGAACUCCAUAAACAGGCACACAGUGUCUGAUGGGAAUUUUCAAAGCCUCAGGGAGACUAUUGAAGUCAGCCCUUUCGACGAUGAAGGUGAGCAACUGCUGUUUCCCUUCUUGAUCAUGGAGGCCAAGUCCGGCAAAAACGGGGACAUGGCAGCUGUGGAGAUGCAAACAGGCUUUUGUAUUCGGCGCCUAUUGAAACUACAGCAUGAGCUAGGAAAGGCUGGUGAGUAUAGAUGUGGCACGUUUGAGCCACUGGUCUGGUUUUUAUCGUGGUCUGGGGAGCAGUGGAAUGUGGCAGGUUGCUUUGUCAAAGAGACGCAAAGCCAUGUUGAAUGGUUGAUCGUUAAACUGUGGGGUGGUGAUGUAACUAGCAUGGAUGGGUCGCUGCAGCUUCUUCUUAUUAUUGACUACAUAGUUGAUUGGGCUCGCGACGUCUAUCGGGAGUCUUUGCUAGCCCAGCUCAGAAGCCUGUCAGAAGAGUGCGUCCCCGACUCUGACUCUGUUAUAUUAUCCACUUUUGAGCGAGGCUCCACAGUGUCGACCUAUCGUUCCGACGAUCCCGCCGACCUUCUAUCUCAGACGUUACCACAGUCAGUUGUAUCCAGUGGAGACUUCUUGAAUCUCAUUCAUGCAGAGGGGGUUGUGAGAGACGCUUCCGUCAUUGAUUCUAGAUUCAUGGCUCUGUAUAUAACAGAGCGCGACGUGGAGCCAUUUAGCCUUUCGUUUGCCUCUGAGGAAACGUACCAGGAGAGCAUAGCGAAGAUGUCUACGAUCCUGAAAGACUCGUGGCGCUUGGUGCCAGAUGCCCUGAAUGGAAUCGAGGAAGCUUGGACAGGGACUUCCAGACCGGCGACUUGUAGAGACGCGCCAGACAGAAGCCCCUUCUUUUUUGUCGGAUUCACUUUCCGGAUGUUCGUUGCAUCAGACUGGCAGCCAGUACGCCAGCUUGUCUGUCUCGCCAUCUCCAGCAUGGCGGUAGUGAAGAUUUGGGGGAGCGAAAUGUUAAACGUCAUUAACAGCGGCCCUAUAUACACAGAUCGCGAGACAGAGAGAUUUCUUAAUUUUUUAAAAGGCUCAUCUGUUAUGGACACCCUGGCGGCCGCGAUAUCCAUGCAGUGCCUCUCCAACACGUCGCGUAGACGCGGAGGGCCCAUUGCAUCCUCGCUCAGCUUCAAACGCGACGACUCAACUUCUGUUCUUGAGUUGGUGUCAUUGGUCCUUAAAUCACACACUAUCGGACGACGUCUGUCGCCGGACCCUUAUUUGCGCUGCUCGCAUAUGCAAAGCAAACAAAGUAUAUUCACGGAUGGACCGAAAGUGUGGCCGCAACUAGACCAGCUAAUGCUCCACCCCAAUGGCACAAUCCUUGUCGACAGCGAGCAACAGAGCCCUAGCAUUCCUCGUCGAUGCCUUUAUAUCGUUGACGGCUCGUAUGAAUAUGGCGAUGCAGCAGGUUUGGUGGAACGAAUGUCUUAUGAGGGCACUUAUUAUAGCACCGUUCCCUUAUGUCCUAACCACGAUCCAGCAGAGUACUUUCCCUACAUGAAUCGUCCAUUAGACCAUGCCAGAUACUGGAGGAUCGAAAAGUCCCUUGAAAGCUUCCAGCACUGGAUUUCAGCACUGCAGGAGCAUACUUCCAUUUGCUCUACCCUUCAUGGAUCGUCGUCUUCCCCAAUAUUGCUUUUAUCCUCUGAUGAGGCCUCUAGUGACGACGAUGAAGAUGAUGGCAACGAAACAAGACAAAUUACCGUAGCGUGGAAAGAAGAGCAUUAG